AUCAAGAAUCUGACUCUCAUGGUAAAUGAUCUGGAAUCAUCGGACAAAAACAAUAUCCUUACAAUCCAUAGAGAAAUUGUGGCUCUCCAGAAUCGAUUGAAGGAAUGUGAAAAACAUAGAAAUCAAACCACAACACCCUCCUAUUUCCCACCAGGUAAGCAUUCUGUCUGUGUUCAUGGUGGGCUUGUGAAUAUCAGCCAGCCCUAUGUUGUACAGCUGAACGGGAGAGGAUUUUCCUUCAAAGAUGGUUCCUGGUGUAGGGAUUCCUCUCUUCGGACCCCGCAGAAGGACCUAUACUGGGUUGCACCUUUGAACACAGAUGGGAGACUCUUAGAAUAUUACAAACUUCAUAAUUCCUAUGAUGAUUUGCUGCUAUAAAAUGCUCAAGAGUUAAAAGUUCAAUAUAGGGAAGGCAGUGGCACCGCAGUUUACAAUAACUUCAUGUAUUACAAUGUAUAUAAUUCAAGAGAUAUGGGCAAGCUCGAUUUAAACACAAACACAUUGGCUGUGGGGAAAACUCUGCCAAAUGCUGCUUAUGGUAACCGUUUCUCUUAUGCUGGUGUUGGGUGGCAAGAUAUGGACUUUGUUGUGGAUGAAAGUGGAUUGUGGGUAAUUUAUUCAACCGAGGACAACACAGGUAACAUUAUGAUUAGCAGACUCAAUGAGACCACACUUGAUGUGCUCCAUACUUGGAAUACAAGGCAGUACAAGCCAUCCAUUUCCAACGCUUUUAUCAUCUGUGGUGUUCUAUAUGCCACAAGACCUGUCAACACUAGGAAAGAGGAAAUAUUUUACACAUACGACACAAACACUGAACAGGAAGGUAAAAUUAGCAUAAUUAUGGAUAAAAUGUUAGAAACAAUUCAAAGUAUCAACUAUAACCCCUCAGACCGAGUCCUGUAUGUUUACAAUGAUGGCUACCUUGUUAAAUACAAUCUUAUUUUUCAACCUAUGUUACACUGAUAUGAAUAAACACAACAACUAGAGAUCACAAAAAGUCUGAUUUUUAUAUCCCUUUGAAUAAAGUGAAUGUU